UGUUGUGAGAAAAGAAAAAGUGAAAAUUGUAAAGGUCGAGCAAUAAUAAAAUUUUCUAACAGUUCUCAUUACCUUCAAAAACUUGUUGAUCACAAUCACUCUUCUCAAGCUACUGAUGAAGUUGCUACUCACAUGCCAACACAAAAUGCUUUUCGUGUAAGAAUCAAACAUGUUAGAAAAGCUGAAAUGCUACCUGAAUCACAAUCUCUUGAUGGAAUUGAUAUUCAAGAUUCCCUUUA